CUUUUAUUCUUCUUUCCCUCUGUGUUGUAAAAUAGCUUCAGAGACCGAACACACAUCACUUAACUACUCUCUCUCCUCUGUCUUUUUAUUUAUUUAUUUUGCAUUUAAGUUGUCUCAAUAUUCUUGAAAAAACCUUUUAGCUUCAAUUGUUCCAAUUGAGUGAAUGUUCUGGGUUUCUUCUUCCUAUAUAAUCUUUUACAUCUCUGUUCAGAAAGGUUUAAUGUGUCCUCAAUUCUGAUAAUGCUUCCUUCCACCAGUUAGUGUUUCGAAUUUCACGUCACUUUCUCCCGAAAGUUUGUGUUCAAACUCUCUAAUUGCUCCUUUACUCUGGAAGAAUCUUCAAAAUUCUCAGAUCUUCUGAAUCUUUUCUUUUCUCUUCUCUGUUUCUUUAAAAACUUUUGUUUAUUUUCACUUCUUUUGGUUCUUUUUAUCCAAAAUUCUCAGAAUCCACAUGUCGGUUUUGGUCUUGCGCUACAAGCCACGACCAUAGAAUCUUCUUUGUCUGAAAACAAAAACAACAAAAGACUUUCAAUUUACGUUUCUCUUAAGAAACAACCAGACGGACUUCCCUAAGAACCAACAAAAAAAAAAGAACUUUGAGACGUUUGUGUGGUCCAAAAAAAUGGAGAUGGCGGUGGCUAAUCACCGAGAGAGAAGCAGUGAUAGCAUGAACAGACAUUUAGACAGUAGCGGUAAGUACGUUCGGUACACAGCUGAGCAAGUUGAGGCUCUGGAGCGUGUCUAUGCUGAGUGUCCUAAGCCAAGCUCUCUCCGGAGACAACAGUUGAUCCGUGAGUGUUCCAUCUUGGCUAACAUCGAGCCUAAGCAGAUCAAAGUCUGGUUCCAGAACCGGAGGUGUCGAGAUAAGCAGAGGAAAGAAGCAUCAAGGCUCCAGAGCGUUAACCGGAAGCUUUCGGCUAUGAAUAAACUGUUGAUGGAGGAGAAUGAUAGAUUGCAGAAGCAAGUUUCUCAGCUUGUCUGUGAAAAUGGAUACAUGAAGCAGCAGCUUACUACUACUGUUGUAAAUGAUGCAAGCUGUGAUUCUGCGGUAACAACUCCUCAGCAUUCGCUUAGAGACGCGAAUAGUCCUGCUGGACUGCUCUCGAUCGCAGAGGAGACUUUGGCAGAGUUCCUAUCCAAGGCUACAGGAACUGCUGUUGAUUGGGUUCAGAUGCCUGGGAUGAAGCCUGGUCCGGAUUCGGUUGGCAUCUUUGCUAUUUCGCAAAGAUGCAGUGGGGUGGCAGCUCGAGCCUGUGGUCUUGUUAGUUUAGAACCUGUUAAGAUUGCAGAGAUACUCAAAGAUAGGCCAUCUUGGUUCCGUGACUGUAGGAGCCUUGAAGUUUUCACUAUGUUCCCUGCCGGUAAUGGCGGCACCAUUGAGCUCGUGUAUAUGCAGACGUAUGCACCAACAACUCUGGCUCCUGCCCGAGAUUUCUGGACUCUGAGAUACACAACAAGUCUAGACAAUGGCAGUUUUGUGGUUUGUGAGAGGUCACUCUCUGGUUCUGGAGCUGGUCCUAAUGCUGCUUCAGCUUCUCAGUUUGUAAGAGCAGAAAUGCUUUCUAGUGGGUAUCUAAUAAGGCCUUGUGAUGGUGGCGGUUCUAUUAUUCACAUUGUUGAUCACCUUAAUCUUGAGGCUUGGAGUGUUCCUGAUGUGCUUCGACCCCUUUACGAGUCAUCUAAAGUCGUCGCACAGAAAAUGACCAUAUCUGCAUUGAGGUAUAUCAGGCAACUAGCUCAGGAGUCUAACGGUGAACUAGUGUAUGGAUUAGGAAGACAGCCUGCUGUUUUGAGAACAUUUAGCCAAAGAUUAAGCAGGGGUUUUAAUGAUGCGGUGAAUGGGUUUAGUGAUGAUGGAUGGUCUACAAUGCAUUGUGAUGGCGCUGAAGACAUCAUCGUUGCUAUUAACUCCACAAAGCAUAUGAAUAAUAUGUCUAAUUCUCUUUCUUUCCUUGGAGGUGUGCUUUGUGCCAAGGCUUCUAUGCUUCUCCAAAAUGUUCCUCCUGCGGUCCUGAUUCGGUUUCUAAGAGAGCACCGGUCCGAGUGGGCUGAUUUCAAUGUUGACGCUUAUUCUGCUGCGACUCUUAAAGCUGGUUCUUUUGCUUAUCCGGGAAUGAGGCCUACAAGGUUCACAGGGAGCCAAAUCAUAAUGCCUCUAGGGCAUACCAUCGAACAUGAAGAAAUGCUUGAAGUUGUUAGACUAGAAGGUCAUUCUCUUGCACAAGAAGAUGCAUUUAUGUCCCGUGAUGUCCAUCUUCUUCAGAUAUGUACUGGGAUUGAUGAGAAUGCUGUUGGAGCAUGUUCAGAACUAAUAUUUGCUCCCAUAAACGAAAUGUUCCCUGAUGAUGCUCCACUUGUUCCUUCUGGAUUCAGAGUCAUACCCGUUGAUGCUAAAACGGGAGAUGCUCAAGAUCUGUUAACAGCAAACCACCGGACACUAGACUUGACUUCUAGCCUUGAAGUUGGUCCUACACCAGAGAAUGCUUCUGGCAACUCUUCUUCUAGCUCAAACUCGAGGUGUAUCCUCACCAUUGCGUUUCAGUUCCCUUUUGAAAACAACUUGCAAGACAAUGUUGCUGGUAUGGCUUGCCAGUACGUGAGGAGUGUGAUCUCAUCGGUUCAACGUGUUGCAAUGGCCAUCUCACCGUCUGGGAUAAGCCCAAGUCUUGGCUCAAAACUGUCCCCGGGAUCUCCUGAAGCUGUUACACUUGCUCAGUGGAUCUCGCAAAGCUACACUCACCACUUAGGCUCGGAGUUGCUGACGGUUGACUCGAUGGGAAGCAAUGACUCGGUGUUGAAACUUCUGUGGGAUCACCAAGAUGCCAUCUUGUGUUGCUCUUUAAAGCCUCAACCAGUGUUUAUGUUCGCGAACCAAGCUGGUUUAGACAUGCUAGAGACAACACUUGUAGCCUUACAAGACAUUACACUGGAAAAGAUCUUUGAUGAAUCUGGUCGAAAGGCUCUCUGCUCUGAUUUCGCCAAGCUAAUGCAACAGGGAUUUGCAUGCUUGCCUUCAGGAAUCUGUUUGUCUACGAUGGGAAGACAUGUGACUUAUGAACAAGCUGUUGCUUGGAAAGUGUUUGCUCCAUCAUCUGAAAACAACGACGGCAAUGAUAAUACUUUGCAUUGUCUUGCUUUCUCCUUUGUAAACUGGUCGUUUGUGUAAUUUGUAUUUUGCUUGUGAGGUUAUUUAGGAAGGCUAAUCAACACUACAUUUAGACAAACUCUUUUUGUUUUCUUUUGAUUUUGGAUGUGUAAGACGUCUGUUUGUCUCUGUGUUUGAUCAGAUGUUCAUCCCUUUUUCAUUGUGUUUUAUUCUAGCUGAGGAUUUUUAAGAGACUUGGUAUGAUGAAUCUAUGUUAUGAAGAUGAUUUGCCAUCUACUCUGGGUCAAA